UCCAAAAUGGCAGACGAAAAUAAAAUUUGUCCGAAAUUUUUUGUGUUUUCUCCAAAAUAUCCCAUUUCCGUGUUAAUCAGUGCAAACAAAACACUGUGCAAGUAAUAGAAGAAAUUAGUAGGUACCUAUAGAGACCAUUGCGAUGGAAUUCGAUCACGUAUUGCAGGUAAACGAAGCUGAAAACGGACCAGAUUCUGGGGAAAAUUCAUUUCCUGAAACUGAUGCCAGCAUCCCCAGUUCUGCAUCUGAUGCAACCCUUCAUGAAAGACUUGCACCUGAGGGUUUAUCUUCUCCUGACAUUCAACCAGGGACUUCAGAAGAAGCCACUGGUGAUACAACACCUUUGCAAAAUGGAUCAGUCCCUCUUGGUAUGGGAAAAAGGGAAAGUGAAGAUGGGAAGGGCUCUGGGCCGGGGAAAUCUGGCAGCGAGAAAAAACGGCUGCAACAAGAAUACUCAUUAGAUGAUGAUGGUAGACAUAUCAUUGGUGGGGAAGUGUUUGUUGACAGUUCUGUUGCGCCCAAGGAUCGGGGACAGGGGACAAAAGAAGAAGACUACCAACCAUUAGACGAGGAUCUCUACCGUAAAUUUCGUAAUGCCAGUACUGGCAGCAGCAGUUCUCCCAGUCAAAGUGAAUCUAGUCUACGCGGUGGUGCUGAGGGCUACAAUGCAAAUAGACCAGAAAGUCUUGUAUUGCCAAGACCAUUGCAAUUUUAUGAAAGACAAAAGCUUUCUGAAUUUUCAGACAGUUUUUCGAAUGUUAGUGGCGACUCUGAAAUUUCAUUAGAGAAUUUGGACAAUGUAAUACAGGCAGUCACAGAAAAUCCCCUUCAUGAACAGGGUCUCAUUCUAAAGGAGGGUGGGAUGAUGGCAUUUGUAGCUGAGGAUCUAAAUGAACUCGUCAAAAUGAGUAGCCCGAUGUCACGCGGAAGCAGGACUCCGAGUUCCAGAAGUGUAUCAAGUGUAUCUAGUGUGACGUCUUCCUAUUGUAGCACCUCAGUUUCUGGUAUGUCUCGCUCCUCGAGUUUGCCACUUCACCCAUCUCCAGAUGACAUUCCACCAAUCGACCCUCAUGCUGUGAAGGAUAUAGAGACUCAUGCCAAACGUGUAGCGGACAACCUGGACCUGAUGAUGGGAAAUUUAAAGAAUAAUUUGCACAAAAUGUCAAAUAUAACCCGGGGUUGUUGUUCUGUUUACAAGGAAGGGAUUGAUAGUACCUGUGAUAGUGUGGAUGCUGGAAUUAAGUCCAUGUAUGCCUUGAUGGCCAAGUGUGAAGAGGUGAGCCAUGGCAUGAAACCAAUCCACCAGCUCGCUGAUCAAAUUAAAGAGAUCAAACGACUGUUAGAUUUAUUUGAAGGCCAGCUCGCAAAGGAAGCUAAAGAGAAGGAGGAGCAGGCAAAGAAAACGUGAUGAGGAGAUGUGGGUCUGACAACUUAUUGCUAGCACUGAGGAAGGAGUUGCUGAGAUGGAGUGUAUCUUUGUGACUACCGGGAAGACUGAGGUGCUGACACUGACAUUGGUUCUGAUCUCUGCUGAGUGACAAUUGACUUACUGUGCAUCUGCCUUUGCCAAGUGCUGGAUCAUUUCAUUCCGUAUUGAUAUUGAUUCCAUGUUGGUUUCCAGUGGAGCCCAAAGAUUGGUUAACAGCCACAAUUUGACCUCCGAGAUCCCACCCUGAACUUUUGAGGGUUGGGGCUUCAGCUCGUGUCUGGCAGCUAACAGAUGAUGCCACUUGAUUCUGAGUAGUAUGCUUCAAGGUUCAUAUAACAUCUUGCAGGUGAUGCAGGACCUCUGGGCAGUAUAUCUGGUGCUAGCAAUAAGCUGAGGAUUAUGCAAUCCCACUACUGCCUUGUAGAGUGCCAAAUCAAAAGAUAUUGAUUGUAUUUCAUCAACGACAAUGAACAAAACCAAGUUAAUUGUGACAAUGUUAGGCAUUUACUUAGUGUGUAGCAUAGAUCCCUUUCAGUAAACCUAUUUUUGGUUGUGAGGAUAAUUAGUAGAUUGGCUGUACAAGGAGAGCCCUUGUAAGACAUUCACCUUUCAUGUUUCUUUCUUGUAAACUCUGUACUAGCAUGUAAGUCAUCAAAGUGAUUUGACCAGAUUAUGUCAUUCAAUUCCAUUGUUCGUAAGUGCUGUGUUUUGUAUGUUUUUUAAUUUAUUUGUAUAAAAGUUGUAAAAAUGGGGUUGACAAAAGGCGUAGAUUGGGGAAGAUUACAGACGAGAGUACUUCAUUUGAACAUCAGGAUACUUGAUGUUCCAUCGUAAUGAAAAAAGAAAUAGAUUUCGAGUUAAAUUUAAUCUAUCCGUGUUGUAAAUAUAUGGCUUCAAUGCAGGGACUGAAGUGAUUCCAAACUGAUUUGUUUAAUGCGAUGUGACCAACGAAGGAAGGCACAGGUUUGUGGUCAGUUGUCCCUCGGUGUGAUUUGAUAGAGCAGGCAUGUGCAAUAAGAUUAGGUUGAUCAUGAACACAUAGCUUAUGUAACUGUGAAUAUUCUGUCAGUUGAUAGUCCUGUACUUCUUAAUAAACCUGUCGAGAUGAAUCAAUACUUUAA